UAUGCGGCUUUAUAAAUCCUGCACUCGCGCAAACUACUUUGUACACUACAGAUUUUGGAACCGUUGCAAACGUGAAUCCGUCGAACUGGAUAUUUACGGGAAUAGGAUCUCGUUCGUUCUCUAUCUGGGAUGCUGCUACAGGUGUUCAGGUUUACGAUAGCAAAGAUGAUUUUGAAAUGAUCACAGCUACUAAUUCUUACUCUGUGUUAUUUAACGCAAGCAACUCGAAUGCUACCAAAAAAGACAGAAGCGAUGAUAAAGGUCCUGAACCGGAAGGUGUAACACUUGGUGUUAUCGGAUCUAAAACUUAUGCAUUUAUUGCUUUAGAACGCACAGGUGGUGUAAUGGUUUAUGAUGUUACAAGUCCAACGGCUCCUAUUUUCGUAACUUAUGUAAACAACAGAAGUCUUCCUACUAACGGUCCUGAUCUUGGUGCUGAAGGAAUUAUUUUCAUCAAACAAACAGAUAGUCCUAAUGGUCAGUACAUUGUUAUCGCUGCCAACG